AUUACGAAAUCUUCUAAAUCAAAUUUCUCAGUUCUAUAAUAACAACACUCAAUUAAUAAUAUUAUUAUAUUAUUGGACAGAAAUUAUUAUUAGGCAGAUCACAAUAUUCGAAUUUCUGUCAAUUUCGAAUUUCUUUUGGAUAUUUGCACAUGCUCCAAUUCUGUGUACACGGAGAAUCUACUGUUUACAUUUUGUAACGAAGAUGUUUUUUUCAUAUAUAAUACGCGUCCACGAGAUUCAAUUACAUUCGGUUAAAAGAUUCAUUGAAUUUAACAAAAAUAAUGAGAGGAGGAAUAUAAGUAGUAAACCAUGUUUUAAUACCCAUCUACGUUUGAUGUAUAAUCUAGAGGUCACUGGUAUCUCCCGCAGUGGCCGUGUGAGAAAGAAAUCUUCCAAGUUGGUUGACUUUGAAUCACCAGAUGAUUUUACGGACAACAAGUACAAACGGCAGAAAGCUCAACACUUACAACGUCAGCAAUUGUUGGAUAGAUACGAUCCAGAACCCGUGGCACACAAUCAACCGAUACAUGCGAGCGGUGGAAGACAGAGAAAGAAUUCCAAUUCCAAUUCCAAUUCCAAUUCCAAUUCUGGUCAACAAAGAAUUAAAGACGAUACCUUAUCGGAUAAUGAGGGGCAAAUGUCGGAGUCGGAGUCGGAUGAUCCAUCUGGAUUAAACGAAGAUGAGAGAUACAGUAUGGACUCUGGAAGCGACGACGAUGUAGAUCCACUUAUGAUAGAUGAUAGAGAAACAGGUUUUAGAAAACUGGAGCCACCUGGCCAAGAAACAACACCCUCGCAAGCGAAUAGUUUAUACAUGCUUGAGAAAUGUAAGAAAAAGCUAAUUAUCAAAGAUGGCAAGAUAAUAGGUAGAAUGAAGGCACAACGAAAAGACAAAGGGAAAACAAGAUUCACCGCUUACAUGUUAUGGGCUAAAGGAAUUAGACAAGAAUUAUUAGAGCAAUGUCCAUAUAUGGAUUUUGCAGCAAUUUCGAAACGGUUAGGAGAACUGUGGGCUACAGUGCCGAAUCUGGAAAAGUAUAACUGGCGCAGACGCGCGAUACGCUUGGCGGCGAAGCCUCAUUCUUUACCAGCGAGUAAAGAUGAGCCUGUUUGGAAAAUGCCAGCGCCCGCUUCGCGAAAAAAGUUCAUUAAUAAAAUUGGUAAUGGAAAAGAGCAAAAGCCUGCUACCUCGAAAAAAACAAUUCAACUGGGCCUGCCAUCCGUGGUAGGGAAUGUUCCUGUAUCACCGCCGUCGAAUCGAUCUGGAAAAGAUCUGGUUAACGAGCCGUUAAUUGGCACGGGGAUGUAUAAAGUAGUCGGAACGCAACCCAUCGACGUUGCCGCCCAUCUAAAAUUGCUUGGUGAAAGUUUAACGAUUAUCGGCGAACGCCUUAAAGAACAUGAUGGACAAAUUGCAGUGUCCGGCAGUCUAUCGGUUCUUUUGGAUUCGUUACUUUGCGCCUUGGGCCCAUUGAUCUGUUUAACGCAACAAGUGCCGGAAACGAACGGGGCUAAACACGAGACACUUUCGCAGAUGCUUGACAAUAUAGCAUAUCUUAUGCCCGGCUUAUAAUGAUGAUAUUUAUGUUAAUUAUCCGGAGAAGAAUCUGAUUUCUCUAACAAGAUAUAUUGUAAAUAUGGUAAAAUUCAAUCGAAUCAAAUAUUAAAUUGUAUAUUUAUCGAAUGUACUACGUUGGCGUAGCAAUCAUAUUCUACGUCAUUGAAUCAAUUAGAAAAAUAUCACGUCGGCGUCGGUCAAAUGGAAUAAUCUUUUCUUCUUUUUUUCGUUUUUUGUUGAAUUUUGUUUACUUAUACAUAAAUUAUAUCAUAUUCUACAUGAACACAUAUACAUUUGUACAGAAAUUACAAUAAAUAUUUAAAUAGUUCCACUAUAA